GGCCAUUGUCUUCUUGCGUUGCUGUUUUUCUGUCUCAAAUAGAAAUAAAAAUUAGAGAUUGUUUUAAACUUCAGUUAUUUCUAUCAAAGACUGUUUCCGUGAACAACUGUAUUUCUAUCUAGAGACAACUGUCAGAAUACCUCCGCUCUCAUAAAUGUCUGGAGUUUUCAUUUCAUAUUGUUAUUAUUUAGGCACGGUAGCCCCUUCGAUCUGUUACGAUUGCUGUUUUCAGGGUGCGGUGCUAAAAAUUACAAGUAUAGAAGAACGUUGCUCUUAAAGGUGACAAGGUGCCUGCUGGAAAUCAAGUCCAUGGUUAUUCCAAAGCUUUCAUCCAUGAAAAAAUCUAGCCUUCCGAACAUUGUAGCAUAGGUUCCAAAUCUUUGAUUGGCUGAGCGACCAAAAUUCUGCAUAUCUUAUUAGCCAAUCAGAAUUCAAGAAUAUGACGUGCAUCACAGCUAAAUUUAGGCCUAUUUUGGACGUUAGGUAAGUUCAUAUGUAUUUGUUAAUUACGUGAAAAUUAAAACUUUCCCGCCAAAUCAUUGCGCAACUUACUGCGCAGGGACGAGAGCUCGACCGCGAGAUGAGUUUUUCUCAUGUAAUCGCAAACAGAAAUCCGUCUCGGGUACUAGGGCCAGCCCUCUUGAUAGGGCCAGCCCUCCUCAUGUAAUCAGGCCCUAAGAAACGACUAAAUCUGGAAGCCUGAAAUCGUCCAUAGCUCCUGUUGUAAUAUUAAUUGCCAUACUGACCUUUUGACCCUUGGGAUGAUUUGUUCAUUGGUUUUAUUGCAUAAACGCAGGUCCCUAAGAAGCGAGACUGGAAACCAGCAAUAAGUAAUUUUAUGAAUCUUCAAGGGGGUGAUAUUGAAGAAAUUCUACACGCUGUGUACGGGAAAAUGUACGAAAAAUCAGUGGUUUUUUUUCAUCAGUUUUGAAAGUUGCUUUUGAUGUUUAUUUUGGACUGUUGUUUUUAAAUUUUAUCUUUUAUUAUAUCUCCAAAUACCUUUCCUGCUUGUAUGAUACAACCAAGAUAAAGAGUUGGUAAAAAUGCAAACGCGUGUACCCCCGGUUUGCCAAGACCAGCACCCGUAAAACCAUUUCAUCGACUUCAUAAUUAAAGUUCAAAAUAUUAGAUAGACAAAAGCUAAAAGAUGCUUAACAACUUUGUUUGUUGAUAAAAAGCAAACAAAUAAUUAGCCAGUGAUUUCCUUAUCAUUUUCAAGAGCGCAUAGAAGAGAAAAGCCGCCACAGCGAUGAUCAGAACUACGCUAAGGGUCAUUUUUUGCUUAAUGUUAUCCGUACUUCAGUGUGGAGGAAAACAUUACACAAUAGAGAUCCAGGAACAUAGCCCAGUGUGUACUGUAGAUGAAAGAUUUUUAUCAAUAGCUAUCGGAGCUUACCAUGCCAGGCAGAGGUUCAAGGCCCUGGACUUCACAUCACAAAAACUGAAAAACGUUAUCAGUGCUCUUCACCCAGCAUUUUUGCGAUUUGGUGGUAGUGACGCAAACUUUUUAAUAUUUAGGCCAGGUUCACGACUCGCACAACCCACGCUUAUUACAACAGAGACAACAUCAGCAACAACGCGUCCACCAACCACUACGACCCGAACUACCACACCAAAAAGUACCACAACGGAGCCCCCAACAACGACCACUGAGAAAACUACAACGAUAAAAGCUACAACUACGACCGAAGCUACAACUACUACUGAGCCGCCGACUACAAAACGAACAACUACUACUGAGUACACCACUGAGCCACGGACACAACGACCGAGUACAAUGCAGCCGAACCCAUUUACGCCCGUAGCUACAACUGCAGCGCCGUUUUCUACAACACGACCAACAACUCCGCCCAUAGUGACGACACCCCCUCAGUCACAGUUACCAAAUGUCAAUGUCGGUGCGUCUGGUUCCCCGCAAGGUGGAUGGGGUAUCAAAGUAAAUAUGGCAAAUGAGGCUGCCCUUCCUCAGAACGGAUGGGGUAUUAAAGUAGACAGGGACAAGGGCAGCAGCCAGGAUGAGCGCGAAGAUAAUGAUAAAGAUGACAGCAAGAUAGACAACAGAGCGUACCAGAAGGAUGAGAAAUAUGUUGUUGAAGACAUAAAACAAGCAGCAGAGGCACAAAGUACCGCAAAUGACGCCCUACAGUAUCAAAGUUCUCAGGCAUUGCCUCAAGCUGCGACUGCCCAAACAACAACCGAAGAGUCAAAGGAUAACCCAGUAUCAUCCUACUCCCAGGAGCCUUCAGGACAGCAAUACUCUGAAGCAACACAAGUAGCUGGGGACCCUCUUACGAGUCAAUCUGGUUUAGCAUACGCACCAGCUACUGAAAAGUCACCGCUCAUUUCUAUUCACCAAGAAGAAAAUGGGAAUACCGCCAAAAGGAGCUUAUCAACCGACUUUGGUAAAAGCGACGGCUUGGUGCGAAAUGGAAGCACUUCUGCUGAGAAACGUUCAAGACACGAAAGGUUUCCAUUCUGGUUUGCUGCUGAAGACUUUGACCGAUUGGCUCAUUUUGUACAAGAAACAGGCUUAAAACUUAUAUUCGAUUUAAAUGGGUUGUUUAGGAGACCAGAUGGUGCUUGGGACGCCACUAAUGCCAUUGACAUAGUUCGACAUGUUAAACAUGAAGGAUAUGACAUCGCCUGGGAACUCGGAAAUGAGCCAAACCGCUACUCAAAAUACGGUCACGACAGAAUUCUCAGUGCUUUACAAGUUGCCCAAGACACCAUAAGGUUACGCAGUCUCUUAAUGAGAAAUGAACACUACGGGUCUGUCUUGAUCGGACCCGGCAUUUCCAGGCCUGGCACUGGAAAUGGAAAGCAAUUUCUCAAGGAAUUUCUGAACGCAGCCGCUUGGGCGAUUGAUGCUGUAACAUGGCAUCAGUAUUACCUUAGCCGAAGAGCAAAAAUUGAUGAUUUCGUAAAUCCUGCAACCUUAGACACUUUCAAAUCUCAGAUAAGAAUGAUAAACAAAAUUGUCAAAGAGAGCCAAAGUGGGAAGCCAGUCUGGCUUGGAGAAACAGGAAGUGCUUGGGGAGGAGGGGCUUAUGGGAUAUCCAGUGCUUAUGCAGCCUCCUUUAUGUUUCUUGACAAACUUGGGCUUGCUGGCCUCUAUUGCAACCAAGUUUUUAUUCGCCAGUCUAUCAUUGGCGGGAACUACGCGUUGCUCGAUGACGAUUUUACACCACGGCCAGAUUACUGGGUUGCCUUUUUGCACAAGAAACUUGUCGGGAGAAAAGUGUUUCCCGUUUUAGGAAGUGAUAAAAGAGUACGCUUGUAUGCACAUUGUACAAGAAAGAGGGCAGGGUAUCCUGAGGGAGCUAUAACUAUUAUUGCUUUGAAUUUAUGGAAGAAAACAGUUGCAAAAAUUAAACUGAAAGGAUUGCUUGGAAAGCAAGCCGUGGACGAGUAUCUAGUGACAUCAUCCAAUGGGAAACUCACUUCUAAGAGUGUAGACUUGAAUGGCGAGGAGCUCCAUUUAACAUCGGGCCAGUAUGUCCCAAAGUUGCAUCCUGUUCAAAGGGAAGGUCCUUUGAAGCUGCCUCCUCUUUCGUAUUCGUUUUAUGUUAUUCCACUAGCAAAUGUAAAACAAUGUAUGUAAUGUAUAACAAUAAGUAUACGUCUGAAAGGUACGCCUGCAACGACGAAGUCCAAUGAAAGCACAGAAUGAACUUCCGAGGGACAUAUCUCUUCACAGAGCCUCUGAUAAUAUUUCUCUCGAUUUUUUAAGUCGAAAUAUUAUCAUUUAUUUUAACAUCGCAUCAUUUUAUAGGUAGUGGAUCUAGAAUAUUAAAUUUUACUUUUCAUUUAUCUUUUUGAUAGAAGUGAUACAAGGGUGCUGUUAAUAUUAUGCAAUUAUUGAUUAUCAUAUUGAAUCAGCCCCAACUUCAGGCGUGAGAAAAGAGAAGACCAUAUCACGUUUAAUGGGCUGGAGGAGUCUAAAACGUUUGCAAUAUGCUAAGAUCUGAGGAUAGCACAGGGGUGAUGUAAAGCGCGGCUUCCUGUUGGAAAUAUUGACCCUCCAAACUUCAAAGGCAAAUAAAUUUCUGGCAAGGUCAUUAUCAGUGUAAUCAAGACAUGAUUCAUGAAAAAACCAAGCUCGUUUAAGAAUAAAGACUUAAAAAAUAAUGUUAAUUUUCAGUUAAAUUAAGAAAGGACAUUUUCUUGACGAUCUUUGGUUACAACAUCACCAAACAUGUAAUGUCUAACGGAGAAAAGAUUGCUAGAAAAGGCAUUUCGGUUAUUUAGUCCAGCAUUUCGCAAAAAAUAUUACGGCAUUGUUGUUUGAUAAACGUUUAAAAAGAACUAGCUAUUUAAAUAAACCAAAUGUGCUUAUAGAUGUUUGUAGAUUUUGAGUAAAUCCUAACAAUCUGGACAAAUGCUUACUUGGUAAAGCUAGAACUGAUCUUAAAUGACAUCAAUUACAGUUAUUAUUCAUCGUU